GGAGUCUACAUCCUGAUUGGUGUUGGAGCUGUGAUGAUGAUUGUCGGGUUUCUUGGUUGCUACGGUGCCAUCCAGGAAUCCCAGUGCAUGCUGGGAACGUUCUUCGCCUGUCUGGUGAUCCUAUUUGCUUGUGAAGUGGCUGCUGGGAUCUGGGGAUUUGUAAACAAAGAUGAGGUAGCUGAGGAGCUGAAAAUGUUUUACAACCAGGCCUCUGUGGCUUAUCAUACACCAUUGCAAAACGCAGAGAAGAAAGAGCAAGCUAAAGCAGUAUUGAUUGCAAUGCACAAGGCGCUGGACUGCUGUGGAGCCAACACACUGAACAAGUUUAUGACGACUGAGCUGUGUCCCAAACAGACAGGAGUGGGUCUGCUCACUAAAAUGGACUGUCACACACGGAUUGACCAGCUGUUUACAAAGAAACUGUACAUCAUUGGGAUUGCUGCUGUCAUUGUUGCAGUCAUCAUGAUUCUCGAGAUGAUUUUCAGCAUGGUGCUGUGCUGUGGGAUCCGAAAUGCCUCUGUGUACUAAAGGGGCCCCUUCUGCUGCCACUCACUGGAUCCUCUGUGAGCGCAGCUGAAAGAAAAGCUUUGUAGUGGAGUAGAUCCCAUCAUAAGAUGACCCCUAAACUAAUCUUAUUGUCUGUGAUGUUGCCACUUUUUAAAAUAUAUAUAAUGUUUCUUUAUAUAUUAAAAAAAAAAAUUUCCUGGCAUUGACGGUUCUCCUCUGGGUCUCCAUGCUGCAGUUUCCACUAGAGGAAUCUGUGUGCAGUUGACACCUGGUACCCACCCAUCAAGUCCACAGCAAGUAAAUCACCAACUUCAAAGAGCUUGUAUGCUGCAGCACAGUUGUAAUUGUUUGGAUAUGAAGAUUAUUUAAGGAAAAGGAUUGGAUGCCCAUUAUGCUACAGGAGGGGGCUCAGCGCUCCUUUUGAUCUGAAGCUUUGGGUUCCUCAAACAGAUGAAUAUGAACAUUUUAGAUACUAAAGUUAUUGGAAUUCAGUUUUUAAGAAAAAUUGACUGUUUCUGGCAACUGCAUCAGCUGUGAACCGUCUAUGAUCAGUGUGCACUCAAAUGGUGCAAACUUUCCAAAAUGAAUGUACUGAUUUUAAAGUAUUGAUUUUUCUUCCCGUUGUACUGCAGGUACCUUUUUUUUAAAAAAGUAUAUGUGUUACCUAACCGGUGCAGUGAGUAACUCAUGAAAGGGGCUGGUUAAAAUUUGUACCUGGCCUAUUAUUGCGCUUUUUGCUCUUGCAUACCAUUUGUACAUUUAUAUAAACGUAGCUCUGAAUGAACUAAAGGAAAUUUUGGCCGUGCCCCCACCCGGUCUCCUGUAUUUUAAUGUCUUGUGUAUCAAUGUAAACUAAAAGUAGAUCAUCCUUCCUGUAUCAUUUCAGGCAAGUUUUUUUUAUAUCAGGGUUUCUGAUACUGUGGGGUCUAUCUGCUUAACUUCCAGCCUGUGUUUUGUGGGAUACCUUCAACUUGAAGGUCUUGCUGGUUAUCUGGUGGUUUGAAAAAUUCCAUGUGUAUAAGCUUUGAUGCCUUGCUUUCAGCUUCAGUCAGAUUGCAGUUUUUUUUACUGUAAAGUGCUGUUAAUUAUGGUAUUCUAACCUAAAAGGAAUAAUUAAAAACAAAUCUGGGCACUUGUACUUUUCAUAAUCCAAUUCUACACUGACCAUUUGAACACUGAUAUUAUUAUGGGAAAUUAUGCUGUGGUUCUGCCAGAGUAAACAUUAGAACAUAAACCUGAAACCCACCUCUCUAAAGCUGCUCCAUAAUGUGCCUAGAACCAUAAACCUGUCCCUGCAAAUGUGUUCUUAAAAGUCCAAUAGUCUCCUUGUCAAACCUGAUUGGGGUUUCAAUGAGUUGAUCAAAAGGAUGACUAAACACAAGCUGGAUAUUUAUCAAGAUCAUUUGUUAUCUUGAGAAACAUUCAAAUUGGUAAUGCAUUCAGUUGCUGCCCAUGUUCAAAAAGAAAGCAAAUGAUUGGUUAGCAGGCAACUAAUGAGAACAAUCUUAACUUAGUCCUGCUCCAGCCUCCAUUGUCAGAUGUUCCUUGUAAAUCAGGUGGGAGCAUCUAUAAUGCAAACUUCCCCAUUUCCCCACACCAAUUAAAACAUGUACAAUUUUUGUUUGUAAAGCGUAGGCACGUUUGUCCAAUAAUGAUUUUAUACUUUGUGUUAAGUCUGGAUCAGUGUGUACUUAGCAACAGUGAGGUCAUCCCAGUAAUGCACUGACAAUUUGUUCAAUGUUCUGGUAAAUUAGAAAAAUAAUAAGGAUUUUCAAUUAUGGUUCUUCUGAUUUUAAGUUGGCAGUAGAGACAUGGUUAUCACUCAGGCCUGUUGUUACCCAGGGGAGUUCUGAUAAGUACUUAUUUGCUGCUGCUUUUAUACAGCAGUGAUUUCAGAAGGAAUUGGCUGUUUUGAUUGUGAUGAAAAUGUCUGAGUUGGAUUGAACCAUUGUACACAUUGGGUUAUACUAAGUGUAAUGUCCCAUAAAUUUAGCAUGUCUGCAUCCAGUGGGUUUGUAUACAACCUGCCUGUCCUGUGAAUACAUAACAAUAAAGAUCACCUCCUUUAACACA